CUCCGCGCAUUGCCCACUCUUCCACCCGCCCCCGCCGCACGAGUCGCUUGUUCGAUUUGUCCUCUCCUCUCCUCCUCGCCCGCCGCCGCGCCCGUCCCCAUCCGAUCCGAUCCGAUCCGAUGGCAUCCGCGGCCUCGCCGCCGGCAGCCAGUGAGCUUGAUUCCUAUGGAGCCUCCAGGGGCGCUGGGUUCAAAAGCUCAGGAGACACGGAGAAGGCCACCCCUUGGUUCCUCGCAACAGGUGCUGCUCACCAUGCGACUGGCGAGUACAAGAGCCUUAUCACUGAAACGGAGCCUGUUACCGACUGGGUUGUUUCUGCGGGGAAUGGCAAGGGGAUGCAUGCGCACAGCAUCCUCCCAGGAGGCAUCGAGGAUUCCACUUGGUUGCUCGAUUCGUAUGCUACCAACAACAUGUCUGGCAACCUGAGCCUUCUCACUCACAUGGUACCUGUGAACAACCAGGUUGUUGGCGCAGGGAGUGGCAAGGGGAUGCAGGUGCAUGGCAUUGGGUCUGUGUUCACUGAAGCGGUGGUGCUCCCUGACGUGUGGUACGUCCCUGGCCUGGCUAUGAGCCUGGUCUCAGUGAACCAGCUCACCAAUGACAACCCCAAUCUGUCCAUCAAGAUGUCUGGCACUGCGUGCCAUGUCACGAAUAUCAAUGAUGGAUCUGUUAUUGGUAGUGCGCAUCUGAGGUCUGACAACAAGUACGAGGUGGACUUCUUGAGAAUUCUGCAGAAUUAGGUGCCUUUUGGCAGAAGGCAUUGAGCCGUAGCUGCAGUUGUAUCACAUUACAUACUGAUUUGCUUCAGAUGGCUAUGCUUCCCGGGAAAUGGGUAUAGGAUUGGGAGUUCUCUUCCCCUGUGGCAGGCGUAUAUCUUAAGCUGGCACAUUUCAAUCAAGUAUAUGGCAAGGUCUGGAUGAUUGUGAUAUGUCUAAUAAAGUGUUUACUUCGUUUAAGGUUGUUGGUAUUUUGUGGUCC